ACAGAGGAUUUCCUGAACAACCUCAGAGGGGAUCCAGGGAGGAAAUACCAGCUCAGUGGAGCUGUGGCUUACGAACCCCUAAUGAACUACCUGGAUACCUUCUACUUUGGGGAGAUUGGCAUUGGGACACCCCCCCAAAAUUUCCUGGUGAUCUUUGACACUGGCUCCUCCAACCUGUGGGUGCCUUCCACCUACUGCCAGAGCCCAGCCUGUGAGGAUCAUGCCAGGUUCAACCUCAGCCUGUCGUCCACCUUCCUGGGCAUUGAUGAGACCUACACCCUGAACUAUGGGUUUGGGGACCUGUCGGUGGCGUUGGGGUAUGAUACUGUGAGGAUCCAGAACAUCAUCAUCAGGGACCAGGAGUUCGGCCUGAGCCUGGAUGAGCCCAGCAGACCCUUUUACUACCUGGACUUUGAUGGGAUUUUGGGCAUGGCUUAUCCAGGUGUGGGCAUCAGGGGUUUCAACACAUUGAUGGAGAAUAUGCUGCAGCAGAACCAGCUCAACCAACCCAUCUUCAGCUUCUACUUCUCCCGCAACCCAACAUAUGAUUUUGGAGGGGAAGUCAUCCUCGGGGGGGUUGACCCCCAGCUGUACUCUGGGGAGGUGUUAUGGGCUCCUGUGAUCCAGGAAUUCUACUGGAAGAUCAGUAUUGAGGAGUUCUCCAUUGGGCUGUCAGUCACCAGCUGGUGCAGCCAAGGCUGCCACGGCAUUGCACUGGGUGCCAAGGAGAGUGACUAUGGGUUCCUCGUGGACUGCAGCAGUGUCCCAAACAUGCCCACCCUCUACUUUGCCAUCAGUGGAGCCUGGUUGUCACUACCUCCCACUGUCUAUGUCCUGCAGAAGGAUGGUGUCUGCAGUCUGGGGGUGGAGAGCACAUAUGUGUCCUCUGCCAGUGGCCAGCCACUCUGGAUCCUUGGGAACAUCUUCCUCCGGCAGUACUACUCCAUCUUCGACGUGGCCAACAACAGAGUUGGCUUUGCCCUGGCAGCCUAG